UGCUGUUUCUGAUCACAACAUGCACAUCGACGACGUUUACUACCACAAAGCGACUGCAGUGUUAAAAGCGAAGAGUCAGGUGGUUGCAGGUCAAAAUAUUUUCAUGAGUUUGGAACUGGCGAGAACUCGAUGCAUGAAGAACGAUCCAUCUGCUAACUACUGUCCCCUCUUUUACCCACAGCAGAUUUACCAUUGCAACUUUGAGGUGUUCAUAUCUCUGGGGAUGGGUGAAAUGACGCUGACCACAGAGGACUGCAGCUGAUGAUGAUGAUGGACGUUGUCUGCAGAAUCAUCUUUUCUCAGAAAAUGUAAUAAACUGGCUGCAUUUUCACAUGAC